AUGAGGCAAAAUCAUUUUAAAGAUGAGGCAAAAUCACCAAUUACGUCGUCAAUAUGGUCAUUCCCAAAAUACUUUUGUAAUUCCAGUUUUUUGUUUUUUGAUGAUUUAGAAACUGCUAAUUCAUUAGGUUCACAUAGCACUGUUCACAAAAUUGGAGCUUUGUGUACAAUUCUAAAAUGUUUAAAACCACUACAUAAUUCAAAACUUGAGAAUAUUUUGUUAAGUGCAGUUAUAUAUUCUUCUGAUCGCAUUAAGUAUUCGAAUAAAAAUGCAUUUUCUAUAUACAUAGAAAAAAUGACAGAAUUAGAAACAAAAGGUUUUACUAUAAAAAUAGAUUGCAAUAAAUUUAAAAUAUAUGUUGUUCUUGCUCAAAUUAUUGGUGACAAUCUUGGUUUAAAUGGAAUAUUAGGUUAUGUAGAAAGUUUUACUGCAACAUACCCAUGCAGAAUAUGCAAAAUGAAACAUAAAGACUUUGACAGUGUUUUUGUUGAAUCUGUCGAAUUACUUAGAACUAGAGAAUGUUAUGAUUAUGACGAUUCUUUACAUAAUUGUUUCCUAAAUGGUAUAAAGGAAAAGUGUUGCUUUAAUAAAAUUCCAUCAUUUCAUGUUAAUGAUAAUAUUUAUUGUGAUAUUAUGCACGAUUUGUUAAAAGUUUUUCAAAAAAUGUUAAACUAUCUAGUAUUUCAGAAAAAGUUCUUUAAUCUAGGUGACAUAAAUAGCAGAAUGAGAAAUUUUUCAUAUGAUCACUCGUCAAUUUCUUCAUGUCUCACUGAGUAUCAAAUAAAAAAUGGUUCAAUUAAUAUUGGUGCAAUUGAAAUGCUAAAUUUGGUUUUAAGCUUUCCUUUAUUAGUUGGAGAUUUAGUUCCUUUUGAAGAUAAUGUUUGUGUUGUUUUUUUAUUGUUAAGACAGAUUGUCCUUUACUCAUUUGGUUUGUAUUUUAGCAAACCUGAUUUAUUACAUUUUGGUUCUCUCAUUACUGAAUUUUUACAAAAAUACUGUUUUGCAUUUAAGUGUGGCUUAACUUUAAAGUUUCAUAACCUUAUUCAUUAUCCACGUAUUAUUAAAAUGCUUGGCCCGCUAAGUCAUGUGGGUAAUGCAUUGCGAAGGUAA